AUGGUUCAAAACAAACUUACUGGAAAGGUUCCUAAUUUAUCGAGGCUGCAAAACCUCAAGAGGCUACUCCUUGCAAACAAUCAGCUUGGAUCCGGGGAAGCUGAUAACUUGAACUUUAUCUUUUCUUUGUUCAAUGCCACCAAUUUACAUCGUUUGGAAGUGAACAUCAACAAUUUUGGCUGCAAGUUUCCAGAAUACAUCGGUAAUCUCUCAAGAAAUCUUGAAUAUUUAAAUCUAAACCACAAUCAUAUAUUCGGAAUCAUUCCACCCGGGAUUGUAAUUCUUGUUGGAUUGCAGAGUUUGAAUAUGCAGUUUAACCAAUUCAUUGGUACUAUUCCAAGUGAGAUUGGAAAGCUUCAAAAUCUACACAGAUUGAAUCUCGACGACAAUUCAUUGUCUGGUAACAUUCCGUCUUCCCUAGGAAAUCUAAGUUUCUUAAGUAUACUUGCUUUAAGAAUCAAUUAUUUUCAUGGAAGCAUUCCUCCGAGCCUAGGGAAUUGUAGUAAUUUGCAAAUGUUGCUUCUUUCUCAAAACAACCUUACUGGUGCCAUACCAAAACAAGUUGUUUCUAUCUCAUCCUUAUCUAUAUUGCUAGACCUAUCCCAAAAUCAAUUGAGUGGUUUUCUUCCCACAGAAGUUGCAAAUUUGAUAAACCUUGGUUACUUGGAUGUCUCGUACAACUUGUUAUCCAGUGAAAUUCCAAGCACUCUAGGCAGCUGCACAAGCCUGGAAACACUGCAUUUGGGGAACAACUUUUUCAACGAAACCAGUCCUUCUUCUUUGAGUUUCUUGAGAGGCCUUGUAGAGUUGGGUCUCGCAAGCAAUAACUUGUCCAGUGAAAUUCAUAUGUACUUGGAGAGCUUUAUCUUGUUGCAAAAUUUGAAUCUGCCUUUUAAUAAUUUUGAAGGUGUAGUACCUACACAAGGUGUAUUCACUAAUGCAAGUGCAAUAUCAGUGGUGGGAAACAGACUAGCUCUCAUGGGUUUUGGGUCUGUGUACAAAGGAGUUAUUGAUGGAAGAAUUGUCGCUGUGAAGGUGCUAACGGCAUGUUCAACGAUAGAUUAUCAGGGUCAUGACAUCAAGGCCCUGGUUUAUGAGUUCAUGGUCAAUGGGAGCCUUGAAAAGUGGUUACAUCAUAAUUGCAAUGAAGAUUUGUCAAAUGAAGAGUUUAAGAAGCUAAACCUUCUUCAAAGACUAAAUAUUGUCAUUGAUGUUGCUUGUGCCCUGAAUUAUCUUCACAAUCAGGCCCAAUCCCCAAUAGUCCACUGCAAUCUUAAGCCAAGCAACAUUCUUCUGGACAAAGAUAUGACUGGGAAGUUGAAUAUGGUAUGGGAUGAGAGAUGGGUUAAAGUUGGUGAUUUUGGGUUAACAAAAUUCCUUGCUGACCAUGCCAUCGAUGGCUUGUUUGCAAAUGAAACAAGCUCUAUUGGCAUAAGGGAAACAAUAGGUUAUCCUGCUCCAGAAUAUGGUAUGGGAUGUGAGGUCUCGGCAUACGGUGAUAUCUACAGUUUUGGCAUCCUCGUGUUAGAAAUGUUUACUGGGAAGAGACCUACCAAUGAAAUGUUUAAAGAUGGGUUAAGCCUCCAUAGCUUUGUGAAAGAGGCUUUGCGCUGUAGUGUAUCAGAGAUUUCAGACCUAACAAUUUUUAAGAUCGAAGGGGAAGAAGAAGAAAGCUUCAUAAGAGGUGAAAAGAUUGUGGAGUGCAUGAGUUUGAUACUUGAAAUUGGAGUCAUUUGUUCUUUAGAAUUGCCUAGAGAAAGAAUGGACAUUAAUGAUGCUGUAGCUAAAUUGCAUUUCAUCAAAGACACUCUUCUAGGAUCUGAAAUACAUUGA